GCCGUGCGCCAUUUUGACGGUAGCGUACAUCAAGGAAACGACACCGUAGCAAAGGAGUCUCCAGACGGCAUUUUUUUUUAAAAUUUAUAACAUCUUUAUACUUUUAGACCUGUUUACACGUUAUCGAGUUACCUCAAACGGCUUUGUGAAUAUAAGGAAAUGGCCACAGGAGCAAACGCGACCCCUUUGGGGAAGCUGCAUCCUAGUAUUGGCGCUAAACGAGGAUUUGAGUCCGGGCCUGGAGCUGGAAAUGGACUCAUGCCGACUCCGGGGCCGCCCGCAGCCUUUCCAGCGCCGCAGACUUUCCAGCCGCCAAUGCCCACUGUCAGCUUUCCCGCACCAAGUCAGUUCAAUACGGUGGCAACAUUCCCCGUUCCACCGCAGCAGCUAUCUCCCGUGGCCGUGGCAAUGUCAAAAGCAGAUUUAGGCCAGAAGAAGUCGAGGAAGAGGAGUCGGUGGAGUUGUGAGACGCCCGACCAGAAGACCAUUAUCCCCGGCAUGCCCACGGUCAUUCCUCCCGGACUGACCCGAGAUCAAGAGAGAGCAUAUAUAGUCCAACUGCAGAUCGAAGACCUGACUCGUAAACUGCGUACAGGAGACCUGGGAAUUCCUGUUAACCCUGAGGACAGGUCCCCCUCUCCCGAGCCCAUCUACAACAGCGAGGGCAAGAGGCUGAACACCCGCGAGUACCGCACCCGCAAGAAGCUGGAGGAGGAGCGCCACUCGCUCAUCACGGAGAUGGUCGGCCUCAACCCAGAGUUCAAGCCCCCCGCGGACUACAAACCCCCGGCGACCAGAGUCAACGACAAAGUCAUGAUCCCCCAGGAUGAAUACCCUGAGAUCAACUUUGUGGGGCUGUUGAUUGGACCUCGUGGUAACACCCUGAAGAACAUCGAGAAGGAGUGCUGCGCCAAGAUCAUGAUCCGCGGCAAGGGCUCCGUGAAGGAGGGCAAGGUGGGCCGCAAGGACGGGCAGAUGCUGCCCGGGGAGGACGAGCCGUUGCACGCCCUGGUCACAGCCAACACCAUGGAGAACGUCAAGAAGGCCGUGGAGCAAAUCCGCAACAUCCUGAAGCAGGGCAUCGAGACGCCAGAGGACCAGAACGACCUGAGGAAGAUGCAGCUCCGCGAGCUGGCCCGGCUCAACGGCACGCUGCGAGAGGACGACAACAGGAUCCUGCGUCCAUGGCAGAACUCUGAGCCGCGCAGCAUCACCAACACCACGCUCUGUACCAAGUGUGGCGGGGCAGGGCACAUCUCGUCUGACUGCAAGUACACCAGCUCGUUCACCGCCCAGAGGGCCACGCCCGGAGAGCCCCCUCAGUCGGCCCAGGACAAGGCCCGCAUGGACAAGGAGUACCUGUCCCUCAUGGCGGAGCUGGGGGAGGCGCCCGUGCCGUCGUCCGGCGGGGGACACUCGCACCAAGGGGGCGGCAACCGCUCCAACAACUCCAACAACUCGCAGCAGAACCGUCCUCCAUGGAUGAACUCUGGUCCCUCUGAGAGCCGGAACUACCACGGCGGCAUGCAUGGAGGAGGGCACGGCGGGGGCCACGGAGGAGGCCACGGAGGAGGCCACGGGGGCCACGGCGGGAACCACGGCGGGAACCACGGAGGGGGCCACGGCGGGAACCACGGAGGGAACCACGGCGGGAACCACGGCGGGGGCCACGGAGGCGGUCACGGCGGGGGCCACGGUGGCGGCCAUUCACUAGGGCACGGCGGGCACCACGGCUACCCGCCGCCCAUGUCCAACAUGGGAGGACCCCCCAUGUCCCACAACCCCAACGGCAUCCCGCCCCCAUGGAUGCAGCCCCCGCCGCCCCCCAUGGGCCAGGGUCACGGACACCACAUGGGUCUGUUGCCCCCUCCCAUGGGCAUGAUGCCCCCACCUCCCCCACCUCCGAGCAACCAGCCCCCCCCACCGCCCUCUGGACCCCUGCCACCGUGGCAACAGCAGGCCCCGCCUCCCCCGCCGACCAGCAGCAUGGCGUCCAGUGCGUCCCUGCCAUGGCAACAGAAUACCACCACCACCUCCAGCGCGGCCAGCGGCUCCCUGCCCCCCUGGCAGCAGCCCCAGCAGUCGGCCGCCGCCGGCCCCCAGCCGCCGCCGCCCAUGACCAACCCGUCCAUGGUCCCGCCUCCGCCGGGCGUCCAGCCGCCGCUGCCCCCGGGUGCACCGCCUCCCCCCCCGCCGCCUCCGCCCGGCUCCAGCGGCAUGAUGUACGCGCCGCCCCCUCCCCCACCGCCCAUGGACCCCUCCAACUUUGUCACCAUGAUGGGGAUGGGGGUCCCAGGCAUGCCCCCCUUCGGCAUGCCUCCAGCGCCACCCCCUCCACCCCCGAAUUAACCCUCUCACACCCACAGGAGAGGCCUCCAUCCAAAAUUUGUUUAAGAACCCCCACCACCACCACCAUCAUCACCAGACAGCCAUCAACACAUUAUCAACAGACUGAUGAGAGAUUCUCCGUGUUCAUCCGUACUUCCACUCAAAAAUGAAAAACCUGUGCUUUAUUUUUUUAUUGGUCCUUGGCGUUGUGACGGUAUAUCGGAAACGAUGAAAAAAGACGGAGGUGUAAAUUUGCGUAAUUUAAUUAUUUCCUGUUUUUAAAAGUUUGUAUCCUGUUUUUUUUUUUGUUUUUUUUCAGCCACGAAGAAAUGUCUGUUUCAAUACAAAAAUGUUUCUGGUGCAAAAUGUACGUUGUGCAAUUGACCCGUUUUUUCAAUUUGGCUCUAGAGUUUGUCUUUUUCUCAUUCUGCUCGUGAACCACAAGGCCUGAGGUAGCUCUUAACUUUAUUUGCUGGUAGGGAUGUUGUGGUUUCAAUUUCCAUUUAGCCAGAGCUACUUAAGUUUGAGACCUGGUUUAAUUACAGUUUUUGCAUGAGUGUUCAAAUAAACCCACCGGGCUGCAUUAAGCAGACAUGACUUAAAUUUGUGACGGUUUCAUUCUUUUGGUUUGACGCAAAUGAGAUUAAUAUUUUUGUAGCAAAAUAUGAUGUGCGCGGCGCCAGUUCUUCAGUCCUCGGCCGACCCGCAGAGCUGAACAUUUUUGUAACUCCUCGUAUAGCUUCUUAAAUAUUCCAGGUUCUGGUUUGUGUAUUUUUUUUUCUGAUUUUACGAUUGCUUUAAGCCAGGGGUCACCAACCUUUUUGAACCUGUGAGCUACUUCAUGGGUACUGAGUCAUACGAAGGGCACCCAGUUUGAUACUCUUCUGAAAUAACAUUUGCUCAGUUUGCCUUUAGUUAUCUAUUAUUAAUAUUGAUUAAUGAUACUCAUCUAUGUGAAGAAACUGAUCAUGUUAAUGAUUUCUCACAAUAAUUAUCAACAAUGACUUAAAGGUGGGAAAGAGUUCUUGAAUGAGUUGUGCUAUUUUCAGAACAGGCCUGCGGCCCCUCAUAUAGUCCUUGCGGGCACUGUGAUGGUGACCCUUGCUUUAAGCAAUCCCUAGCCCCAAUUGUAGUUCAGCUGGUUCCUUCCGACCAGGGGACUAGAUGCAGCAGUAUACUGCUAUGCACCCUGAACGACUUGAACAACGCGGAAGUCUUGAAUGUUUUCCACGUAAAUGUAGCGGUGUGCAGUGAGUGUAUUUUUGUUGCUUCCGUUAUUUUUAUUUUGUCCCCCCCGUAUUGAUUUGAUGGCAUUUGACUUUUUUCCAGGAUUCUGUCUGGUGUUAUUGGUUCUAGCCUGAAUAAAUAGCUGUUGAAAUCUUGCCUGAUUCCGAAUAAACGUAUCAAUUAUA